GGGUUUAUGGCGGCUGAAUCAUUCGUUCGCGCAUGAGAUGAGAAGGAGCUCUCACGGCCUUACCCAAAACCCUAGUUGCCAAAUACUAACCAAAAACCCAAUCCAAUGUCCUGCUACUCCACUAUUUUCCAGUCAUCUAUUAGAACCUCAAGGAAUAUGGCUAUGAGAACAACCACAGCCUCUCUUCAUUUUCAUUUCCAUAGACCUCCAUCGAAAACGUUUAGGCACCCAAUUCUAUUUCCAUUAGCAUCUUUUGUUUCCUUCACUAAUCCCCAAAUUGUUGCUUCUAAGGCUGCUUUGUUUUCGCCCCUGGAUUUUAAGCAUCGGGGGACAGUUAGGUGUACUGGUGCUUUUUGUUUUUUAGAUUGCAGGACCAGUGCUUUGCCCGUCUCUUGUCUGCAAAACACGAAUUAUGGACGAUUUGCAUAUCAUGAGGUUUCUAGUGAUGAUUCGGACCGUGAAUUUGGGUCUCCUUCCCAGCAGUCAUUGAAAUCUCAUGGAUGCAACUUUCUUUGGUGUGCAUUUGCAUUAUUGGUGCUUUUUAGACUGGUUCCACCCUUGACAACGUUGAUGAUUGGAGAUGGAAGUUAACAAUGCUACUCCGCAACAAAGAUGAGCAAGAAGUUGUUUCGAGGGAGAAAAAGGAUAGGCGGGAUUUUGAACAUCUGUCAGAAUUGGCAAAUCGAAUGGGUUUGCAUAGCCGUCAGUAUUCAAGAGUUGUUGUCUUCAGUAAAGUGCCUCUGCCAAAUUACAGACCUGAUUUGGAUGACAAGCGGCCCCAGAGAGAGGUGAUAUUGCCUUUUGGACUGCAAAGAGAAGUAGAUGCCUAUCUCAAUGCUUACCUUUCCAAAAAGUCCAUGAAAAGGGGAAACUUUUCUGCUAAUUCAUUGUCAAGUUUAAGUGGUGGAAAUAUGGCCAUGAAUGAAGGAUUUUGUGAGCAGCCAGAGCCGUUGUUACGGAACAAUGUUGUCAUGGAGAAAAUUAUCGGCCGGAAAAGUUUGCAACUGCGAAAUAAGCAACAAGAAUGGCAGGAAUCUCCUGAUGGCCAAAAGAUGAAUGAAUUUCGCCGAAGCCUUCCUGCAUACAAAGAAAGGGAUGCACUACUAAAGGUGAUUUCGGAAAAUCAGGUGGUGAUUGUCUCAGGUGAAACUGGUUGUGGUAAAACCACACAACUCCCUCAAUACAUACUAGAAUCUGAGAUUGAAGCUGCUCGUGGAGCUGCUUGCAGUAUCAUAUGUACUCAGCCUAGAAGGAUAUCUGCUAUGGCUGUAUCUGAAAGAGUUGCAGCAGAACGAGGAGAGAAACUGGGAGAAUCAGUUGGUUACAAAGUUCGGCUGGAGGGAAUAAAAGGAAGGGACACUCGCCUCCUCUUUUGCACUACUGGUGUACUAUUGAGGAGAUUACUUGUUGACAGGAGUUUGAAUGGUGUAACCCAUGUUAUUGUUGAUGAGAUUCAUGAACGUGGAAUGAAUGAAGAUUUCCUUCUUAUCGUCCUGAGAGAUCUCCUGCCUCGUCGGCCUGAGUUGAGGUUGAUUCUGAUGAGUGCAACCUUGAAUGCUGAGCUUUUCUCAUCCUACUUUGGUGGCGCUCCGACACUCCAUAUUCCAGGUUUUACGUAUCCAGUCCGAGCACAUUUUCUUGAGGAUAUCCUAGAAAUCACUGGUUACCGGUUGACUCCAUAUAACCAGAUUGAUGAUUAUGGUCAAGAUAAGGUUUGGAAAAUGCAAAAACAAACUCAAGCUUUCAGAAAGAGGAAGAGCCAGAUUGCUUCUGCUGUUGAGGAUGCACUUGAAGCUGCCAACUUUAGGGGCUACAGGUUACGUACCCAAGAGUCUUUGUCGUGUUGGAAUCCAGAUUCAAUUGGUUUUAAUCUCAUUGAGCAUGUGCUUUGUCACAUAGUCAAGAAAGAGAGGCCUGGUGCUGUGUUGGUUUUUAUGACUGGUUGGGAUGACAUAAAUUCUUUGAAGGAUCAGCUAGCAAGUCAUCCUAUCUUGGGUGAUUCUAGCAAAGUAUUGCUACUUGCUUGUCAUGGUUCUAUGGCCAGCUCUGAGCAGAGGUUAAUAUUUGAUAAGCCCGAAGAUGGAGUACGGAAAAUUGUUCUUGCUACUAAUAUGGCUGAGACUAGUAUUACCAUCAAUGACGUGGUCUUUGUGGUUGACUGUGGGAAGGCAAAGGAGACAUCAUAUGAUGCACUAAACAAUACUCCUUGUUUGAUUCCAUCAUGGAUCUCAAAGGCUGCAGCACGUCAAAGGAGAGGAAGAGCUGGUCGUGUUCAACCUGGCGAGUGUUAUCAUCUCUAUCCCAGAUGCGUAUAUGAUGCUUUUGCUGAUUAUCAACCACCAGAACUUUUAAGGACACCAUUGCAGUCUUUGUGCUUGCAAAUCAAGAGUCUCCAACUUGGUAGUAUAUCAGAGUUCCUUUCUAGGGCAUUGCAACCACCAGAACCUCUAUCGGUUCAAAAUGCUGUUGAAUAUUUGAAAGUGAUAGGAGCUUUGGAUGAGAAUGAAAAUCUAACAGUGCUAGGACGCCACUUGUCGAUACUUCCAGUUGAGCCUAAGCUUGGGAAAAUGCUCAUAUUAGGGGCCAUUUUCAACUGUCUAGGUCCUGUAAUGACUGUUGUUGCUGGUCUUAGUGUCAGAGAUCCAUUUUUGAUGCCAUUUGACAAGAAGGAUCUUGCUGAGUCUGCCAAAGCACAGUUCUCUGCUCGUGAUUACAGUGACCAUCUUGCGCUUGUCCGGGCAUAUGAUGGUUGGAAGGAUGCUGAAAGACAACAAUCUGGUUAUGAGUACUGUUGGCAAAAUUUUCUUUCUGCACAGACUAUGAAAGCCAUUGAUUCUCUUCGGAAGCAAUUCUUUUGCUUGCUCAAGGAUACUGGGCUCAUUGAUCUGAAAACAGAGGACUGCAACAUGUGGAGCCAUGAUGAGCAUCUUAUUCGAGCGGUCAUUUGUGCUGGCCUGUUCCCUGGGAUAUGCUCUGUGGUGAACAAGGAGAAGUCUAUAGCAUUGAAAACAAUGGAGGAUGGUCAAGUACUUCUGUACUCUAAUUCUGUGAAUGCUGGGGUGCCCAAAAUUCCAUACCCAUGGUUAGUAUUUAAUGAAAAAGUGAAAGUGAAUUCAGUGUUUCUCCGGGAUUCUACUGGCGUAUCUGAUUCUGUGUUGCUUUUAUUUGGAGGAAACCUUUCAAGAGGUGGGCUGGAUGGACACCUAAAAAUGUUGGGAGGGUACUUGGAAUUUUUUAUGAAACCUGCCUUGGGAAAUACAUAUUUAAGCUUGAGGAGAGAGCUUGAGGAGCUAAUUCAGAAGAAACUUCAAGACCCCAAGUUGGAUAUACAAGAUGACAAUAAGCUCUUGAGGGCAUUAAGAUUGCUUAUUUCACGGGAUCAAUGUGAGGGUAAAUUUGUAUUUGCUCGCCAGCUGCCAGCACCUCCACAGAAGGCAACGAAAGAUGUAACGACUGGCAAACAACCAUAUGAUAAUUCUAAAAAUGAGCUACAAACUUUGCUUGUCAGGGCGGGACAUGGAGCACCGUCCUAUAAGACAAAGCAACUGAAAAACAAUCAGUUUCGCUCUACAGUGAUUUUUAAUGGGUUGGACUUUGUAGGGCGGCCUUGCAGCAGUAAAAAACUUGCAGAAAAGGAUGCUGCUGCUGAGGCUUUACUGUGGUUGAAGGGUGAGGUCCAUUCAUCUUCAUCCUCCAGAGAUAUUAACCAUGUGUCGAUGCUUUUAAAGAAGAGUAAACGCAAAAGCAAAGACAAGACUCCGGUUCAUGGUGGUAAAUGGAGUUAAGGUGAAGCUAGAAGACAAAGGGAUAGAUUAUCGAAGUUAUUAUUCACACGGGGAAGAAGCUAAGGUAAAUGGAUCUGACCCGUGCUUUCCAGCAAGAAGGAAAACAGCUUUUGAUCCUUGCUGAAAUUUUGAUCGUUUGGAAUGUGGGCCGAAACAAAUCGUCCAGUUUUGGAGUCUGAAGCCAAAAUGAAUCUUAGAAUUGAAAACCUAGGGCCAUUUUCACAAUACUUUGUCUUUGGAAGGCCAUGAAACCUAACAUGGAAUGCUAAGUCCGAGCUUCAGCAGGGUCAUUCGAUGAGAACGGAAAAUUGUCCAUGCCUCGGGACAAAAAUCUCACUGUUCUAACUCCAUUGCUUCAUCAAGUAAUGAGUAUCCGAAACAUUAUGUCAUAGCAUAUAAAAUGUACACUUCAUUCAUUAAUGAAUAUUCCAUCAACUUAUGUAAAUUGCUAAAUGCAAUACAGUAAAGUUCAAUGAAAAAAAGCCUUUGACC